UAUUUGAGCUCCCCACUAAAAUGGUGGAUUUCCACUCGUCCAAUUUCGACACUAAACCCUUCCCAAAACUCAGCACUAUAUAAACACCACGCCAUCUCGUGUUAUUACAAACCAUCACUAACAACAACAACAACAAUAACGACAUUGUUAUCACCGAGAAAAUCGAGUUGAGAAAAAUGGGAGUGUCGAUCAAGUGGCUCUGCGCUCUGGCAUUCCUCGCGAUCGUCGGGAUCGCGGCGGAUGCAGCGGGCGAGUGCCCGAAGUCGACGCCGGACAUGGAGGCGAUGAAGCUGAUCCCGUGCGCGUCGGCGGCGCAGGACCCGAACGCGGCGGUUCCGGCGAGCUGCUGCGCUCAGGUGAAGCGGCUGGGGCAGAAUCCGAAAUGCAUGUGCGCCGUGAUGCUGUCGAACACCGCCAAGAGCUCCGGCGUGAAGCCGGAGGUGGCAUUGACCAUUCCGAAGAGAUGCAACUUUGCCGAUAGACCCGUCGGAUAUAAGUGUGGACCCUACACUUUGCCUUGAGCCCAUGCUGGGAUAUGAAGAAGAUCGAUGCGUAAUUUCAAUUUAUAAUUAUGUCUAUGGGAUAGAGUCUUGUGUCCCGAGCUGGUUCUUCUAGCCUUAAAUAAUGUAAUUAUCAUAGAAAUAAAUGAGUUACCUUUGUAACAAAAUAUUUGUAUGUCUCUUGCGCGAUAGCAUAAUAUAUUUAUCUAUUCUCUCCC